AUGGAGGGCAGGGUGUGGACUGGGUGUCUUUUUGUCAUUCUGACAUUGGGAUGGACCAGAGCUCAGACUCAGACCAACUUCACCAGGUAAGCAGCAUGUGAGUCACUACAGAGGUUAUGAUGGAUGAUUUAAAAGGCAGCCUCUGUGCUUUUUAUGCAUUCGCCUGCUUACGGAAUCCUGCAAGUGCACAUGUGGCAUGUUGUUUUCAAGGCUGCAUGUGUCUGUAAAACGAGUGUGUGCUUGUUAUUUCCUCUCCUGGUUGCAGUAUAAUGAUUACAGUAGAAUUAGAAGGCUGUAGAGUUUGCAGGAAGAUGUGGUUUUCAUCCCAUAAACACACAAAAUGACAGUAUGCAGUUAUUGAUGCACUGAUUAAACUGGGCACAUGGACUGGAGCUGGUCCUCACGUGAUGGACUCAACUUAUUUUAACUUUUAAACAUUUUUAUUUGAAAUAUCCUUCAAGCAAUUGAAGUUUUGUCAUAUCAAAAAGAAUCCAAUGUUUCUUCUUUAAAGCUCCUGUCAGCAACUUCUAUAUUCUUGCAUCGCUGAUUUUGCCUUGUAUGUUAAUGAAUAUUCUGUUUUUGAUUUUUUUUCCUGAUGGCUGUUCAUAAAGAAGCCUCUGUGUUAAUUUAGUCUUGUUUCCUAACUAGCUAGAAAAAAAAAAUCCACAGGAGCUUUAAUUUUUUUGUUUAUUGGUUUACUUGCAGUAUCGCAGCAUUUUAACAGAUUUCCCAGCCAGGUGGUUGUAUUGUGGCUGCAACAUUUUAUUUUUCUCUCCUUUUUCUUUUAUUUAUUUAUUUAUUUGUUUAUUUAUUUACUUUUUGUCAUCAACCAUGUUUGUCCUUCAUUGAUACAGUUUGUUAAAUUCAUUAACAUUGCUGCUGUUUUUCAUUUAACUUUAAUUACGUUAAGAAAAUUUUUUAAAAAAUGGGAAAAACAGAAAUUUUCCUUUUGGGAUUUUCCUUUUUUUAAUCUUUUAUUUUAUUAAAUAUGAACUCAUAUUUAACAGUUGUUUUCAGAAAAACAAACAAACAAACAAAAAAAAAAAUCAAAGGAAAAAAAUUUUCCCAAACUAUUUUUUAAUUAAUCCACCAUUUUUAUCUGAACCCCCCCCCCCCCCCCAAAAAAAAAAAAAGUAGGCAAAAUAUCAUUUCUGGCUCUACUUUUUUCACCUUUUUUUAUUCCCUAUUUGUUAAAUUUUUUUUUUUAUUUUACAGCUGUUUAAAUUUUCUAAAAAAAAAGAUAAAAUAAAAUAAAGAAAUUGUUACAUUUGAAAAAGGGGAAAAGUUUCCCUCUCUUAAAGUUCAGAUUUUCAUAUUUUCGUAUUUCCUUGUGGCUGUUGAUCCUGCAUGAGCGCUGCGAGAGCUUCUUGCACAUCCAGAAAGUAAACCGAACAUGAGAGACAAACAAAUGCCUGUGGGCCGCUCAACCCCAGAAGGUCAGAAGGGAGGGACUGCACCACCGCUGGGAUUUUUCUUUUUUGGCCAAAUGUGGCCUCACGGCACCACAGCAGACAACCGGCACAUGCCUGAAAAUGCAAAACAAAACAAUAUACAGGAGUUUUUUCUCAGGGACAGACCUCACCAUGAGAGAGAUGAUUCCUUUUGACUUUUUACUGCCCAAAAAAAACAAAAAUAGACUCCUUUCCUAACACAUGCCAGAGCAGCCAAGGUCUGAAUUAACAAGCUGCAAUUAAAAGUUGAGGCUGGCCCCUCUUUUGAUCUGUGUUUAUCUGAGUGGGUAUGAGUGGGUGUGAGUCACCAAACACCAUGUGUGAGUUUGAAAAUGCUCGUUUGCUGAAGUAAAGUACGUGUUAGGUCCACAUGCGGCUUUCUUGUGGUGCAGUUCAGAGUGUGGGGCUAACUUACAGCAGGCUUACUGUAUAUCGACAGAGUUCCUGCUUUAAAAUUUGAUGAAAAAACAGGAACCAGGAGAGCUCGCAGGGAACCUCCCCGGACUCAAACAGAAGCAGACUGUGCCGCUGUGGUUUCCAGCGUGUGUGUAAGGCCUCUGCUUUGAGUCUCUGGAACGAGGAGCUAGGUUUUUCUCCAGUGAAGCAGAUCAAGUUAGAUGUUGAAUUAUAGCUGAUGGUAGUUGUAGCCUGUGAUGUGUCCUCUUGUUUUUGCAGGCCUGUCUUCCUGUGUGGAGGCCACCUGGUCACAGAUUCAGGCAUUGUGGCGAGUGAAGGGUUCCCCAGUCCCUACAAACCCAACAGUAAAUGCAUCUGGUACAUCACUGUGAGUCUUUUAAAUAAACAACUUAAUCUGUGUGGUCAAUCUCACUAACAAGAUUUAUCCAACAAUGUGAACGCAAACUGAUUUUCAUUGUCCCGACAUGUGAGUGAAAGGCCCGACAGUCCCUGCUCUUGCAUCGUAAACACACACGGGUGAUAUUUAGCUUGAUUAGAGCUUCCAACCUCCUCUCAGGACUCUGAGGGGGUGUCAAAGUACAUGUUAGGGUGGACAAGCUACAACUUUAUCAUCAUUAUUAGCAUCUAAAGUUCAAUGACCCUGCGUUUUUUGAAAAAUAAGCUUUCCAUUCCAGGUUCCAGAGGGUCAUGUGGUCAUGCUGUCAUUCCGCCUCUUCGACAUGGAGGCCGACCCCACCUGUCGCUAUGACUACCUGGACGUUUACAACGGUCACUCCCGCUUGGUGCAGAAGCUGGGACGUUUCUGCGGGACGUUCAGGCCCGGUGCUCUUAUCUCCACCUCCAACACCAUGAUGUUGGAGAUGGUGUCUGAUGAGGCAACAGGGGGAAGAGGAUUUCUGGCUGCUUUCAACGCAGGGAAACCACAUAUGGAAGGUAUGGAAACCCAAAGACAAAUACUGUAGACAAGAAAAUAGUGCUUACAAAUUUCUGUAAUUAGUCAGCUUUCUAGGCGACAUCCAACAAAAGUCCAAAAUUUCCAAAAACGUUGUUACUUUUGGAAGUUUUUUCUCUGUUUUUGAUCCCACAGAGGAGCAGUUCUGUGGAGGAAAGCUCACCAAAUCACAGGGUUCUGUCAAGACGCCAAACUGGCCCAACACUAACUACCCAGCAGGCAUCAGCUGCUCCUGGCACAUCUCUGUAGAACCAAGCAAUGUAAGCCAACUGUAUACAGUAUGCCAUUUGUGAGACCCUAACCGUAACUCUAGCUCUAACCCUAACUCAAAAAUUUGAACAUAAGGUUUCUAGACUUUCUAGAGUCAGGCAGAAGUUUGAAAACCAUCAACAUGAUUUUUUUCUAUUUUUAAGCCCAGUUUAAGGAGUCUAGUCCAGCUCAAUACGUCGACAAAGAGCAGCAAGGUGUACUGAACCAUUAACCGAGGGGCCCAUCAUAAGGAAAUGCUUCCACUCACAUCCCUAAAAAUGAGAUGUGUGUAAAGCAUGUGUGUGUUUGUAAAAAUGAUGGUGGCCAUGUGACAAAAUUCAAAUGAAAGACUUCAUUGAGCUCCUGGAGGUGUGUCCAUGUGUGCCAAGAGAUUGAAGGUUGGGAAAGAGGGAAGGGAGAGAGUAAAUGCCCCUCUGUAUUUAAGAGGUCUGGGCCCAUCCUCCUCCACCAACACCACCACCACUUUCACCGUGUCUGCUCUGGAUUCAUAAGGAAUACGCCGUUCACACCCAUCAGUGUUUACGUCGACCUUUUUACUUCCUCAGGUGAUCGAGGUCAAGUUUGAGAAGCUGGACUUGGAGCCUGACACGUAUUGCCGCUACGAUUAUGUGGCGCUGUUUAAUGGAGGAGAAAAGGACAACUCACGGCGGAUUGGGAAAUUCUGUGGUGACAGGGUACCCGGGUAUGAUUUCUAUUUAUAGGAAAAACUGUGUCCAAUAGUUGCAUCUUUGACACUCUGUUUCCCCUUUACUUCUACAUGUUUCUUUACCUUUUUAUAGGACUAUUGUGACGAAUGGCAAUGAGCUCCUCGUCCAAUUCGUCUCAGACCUCAGCGUAACCUCAGACGGCUUCAUGGCCCACUACGCCAGCGUGCCCCGUGGAUCUCCUCGUGGAAUGCCCACCGAGGGAGGAGACUUCAUCUAUGGACCUCAGACCACCUCAAUACCAGUAAAAAUCCUGCCAAAGCCUAAAAAACCAACCAAACCAACACCCACUGCUAAACCUACCCUUCAGCCAAAACCCACCCCAAAACCAACCAAAAGACCACUGGUGAAGAAACCCCUAAAACCCCCGCCUAAAAAACCCAUCACUAAGCCUAUUGUGAAGCCCACGCCAAAACCCAGACCAACCAAGCCAGCCAAGCCAGCCAAACCAACCAAACCAACUAAACCCGCCAAACCCACUAAACCCACCAAACCCGCCAAACCCACUAAACCCACCAAACCAACCAAACCCACACCUACAGCCCCUGCGAAAAAGCCCACAGCCAAACCCAGAUUUAAGGUCUUUAAACCAACGAUGAAACCAAGCACCAGGACUAAAACUACACGUAAGCCCAUACUGAUCAAGCCCACUUUGAAACCCAGAGUCAAGCCAGUAAAGCCAACAUCCAAGAGUGUAGUGAAACCAACACCCAAACCAAAGAUUAAGCCUAAAGCAACACCUAAACCCGGAGUAAGCAAGACAGUGACGAAGAAGCCUGUGGUGAGCAAGAAACGUGAGUGAAAACACUUCAUCCAAUCCACUUAUUUUUCAUGUAUGUUAACUACAAAUCCAAAUCAAAGUAGAGAGUUAAAGUGCCUCUCAUGUGUUUGUGUUUGGUGUUGCCUUAGCCAUACCACUGAACCCACUGUGUACACAACCCUGUAAGAGGACGGGAACUCUCCAAUCCAGCUUUUGCCCUCAGGACUUCGGUGAGCCACAUCAGCAGCUGUGAAGUCUUGACAAACCCUGUCUUGAACUUUUCACAUCUCUACUUCUCCAAAGUGUCCACUGUUUCACCAGUUUAGAUUUGUUUGUUAUUUGGUCUCACACCUUUCAGAACACCAUGAGCAUUUCCAGAAGUUUCAGGUCCAGUAACUGCUCUGUUUGAUCAAACCAGCCUUCACCACUUUCAACAGUAAGCCAAAAGUGAAAACUUUGACCAUAAUAUUCUUCUCUUUCAGUGAUGACGGGUAAAGUUACAUCUGUUACUGCUGGUCCCGGGGGCUCAGCAACAAUUGACGUAUUCAUAAUCAAAGCCUACAAGCCAGGACGCCUGAACAUCACGAAAUCUGGGCCGGUUAUGUCAGUCACGUUGAAUUCCACCUGCAAGAGAUGCCCUGGACUACUCAAAGGUAAAAUACAACUAUCUGUAUUUAGUACCUUUAUCUACGUAUACAUGAUGCAAAUCCAGUCAACUGUUGGACCGUCCUCCAAGAGUCCAAAACAUCAACUGUAAAGUUCUUAAAUUUGCCAUAAAAUGUGUUUCAGUUUUGUUAAAUACAAGAAUAGAAUAAGCACUGACUUUCUUUGUAUGCAGACGAUGUGAUUUUCUAUCUUACAUAUCCCCCAUUUACAGAUCAUUCCAUAAAGCUGUACUUUUUAUGUUCCUCUUGAAAAUAAUUGUUGUACCAAAGCACAGACUGGAGCACACAAUAGCAUGACACCAAUUUAGCUAACAGGGUUUAUUGAAGAUCAGGUGAAGGUUGGUACAGUCAAGUCAGGGAGAGGUAUCAAAAACGUGAGGCAAAAGGCAAGAUCCGAAAAGGCAGGAAAAGGUAAUACACGGCUUGGCAAUAACUAUGAAUAUAUGCUGGACUGAGUCAAGCACAUGCAAAUAUUCAUAGUAUUCAAGUACUGUAUUUAAGGCAUGUGUAUAUCAACUAUCUAUCCAUCUAUCUAUCUAUGAAGUGCAACGAACUGGCGAAGAGACUGUAGGUAGAAUACAAAGGAUAAUGAGGGUGAUGGGAAUCAGGUGGGGAGACACAAUCAGGUGGCAGGUGUGACAAGACUGGGGCAGGGCAGACCAGACAGGAACAACGAUAGAGGACAGGAACAAGGGUUAUUGAUUUACAAAAUAAAACAGGAAAUGCACGACAUGAAACAAAACAUGAAUGUGCAGAAAUAAAGGAAACUUAACCAAAAUGAAUGUACUGAAAAAGAGAAACUUGACGGUAUAAUUUCGGUACCUACUAUAACAUUUUCUAACUGAUGGAAAUUUAUCAACUUCAUAUCGAAUUCAGCUAACACUGCGUCUCUUAUCUGGUCUCUUAUCCAGGCAAGAACUACGUGUUGAUGGGAAAAGUCGAUGCGCAGGGCAACGGUCAGCUCACCCCAUCCAGCUUCACGCUCCUUUACAAGCCAAUCCACGCCAAAGCACUGGUCAACCUCUCCAAAAAAGGAUGCUGA